GGUUUCAUCAACACGCAAAAGUUCUCUUGUCAAUAGUAGCGUGGAAGUGUUGUUCAUAUGUGUAGUGUGCAGUAUUUAUGGUGAAUGAGUGAUGGUGCUGUCCUCCUCGCACCAGGUCGUGAUGGCGUUCAGCGCCGUUCUGCUGGUUUUCGUGUUGUUUCCACGCAUGUUCGGCAGCCGGGAGAGUCAGUCAUUCGACCCACGGAUCAGCAGGAGAGGUCCUGGUCCGGGUCUUGGUCCCGGUAGUAUGAAGAGUCAGCAGCAGGCCCACGCGAACGGUGCACCACCCAAAGCGCAGAAUGUGGAUAACAUGCAUCAGAUGAAGAAACUGAUGGAGCAAGAGUUGAAGAGUGAUAAAUUCAAAUCCAACAGCAACAAGGGCUACAUCUUCACGCUCAUGCCCAUCUAUGCCAUCGGUGUCGGUCUCUUCGCUGCUUAUAGGUUUAUGAAGAUAAAGUCUACGAGUGACUCUGAAACUCAGAGAACCAAAACGGCUCAAGGAGUGAAAAAAUCAGAGGAGACAGAGAAUCAGCUGAAUGAGUUGGAGCAAAGGUUAGCACAGACCGAGAAGAUGCUCAACUCUAUACUGACCCAACUGGACCCGCUCACAAACUGUGUGAAGUCUGUUGCCAUGGAGCAGAAGAACGAGAUCAUGUCGCAGCUGCAAUGCAUCCGGCAUCUAAUGAAGAAGAGAGGCAUGGAGUGUCCAAACAUCAGGAUAGAGGAGCCAGCAUGUGAGCGCAAUCUCGACAAACUUAUCGAGUCUUUGGAUGCUGUGGAAACGCUUCCAGAAACGCCGCUAAUAUCACAAACGGAUACUGAAACGCGGUCACAUGAUCACAAACCUCUCCGGUCUGACUCUGAGGUAGAAGAGGCACAGGAGGACGGCGAGGAAGAUGAGCAUGAAGAGGAAGAGGUUGAUAAUGAGGGUGACUCUAGUAUGCCUUCGCUCGAGGACACGGGUGGCAUCAGUGAGGACGUCACCAUGGCACAGAACGUUCCAGACGAUCUGGCGAAUGGCUUGCGAAGACGCAACAGGCCCGAGUAACUGUGACGAGAAUCAGAUGUAGUUUUUUUAUACAUAUAUGUAUUUAUUUAAUACCUUGUGUGAUGAAACGGUCAACACUAUCCAUUGGUUAUGUGCAUUAAAUGUUUAGCAUCUACAUAUGUGGUCGUAUGUAGUUAAAAGUCAUAAUUGACUCGGUUUGACUUGGUUACAGCUUUCAGAUUGAAAUCUUGAAGCGCAUUUUGAAGUUAAAUCAUGCAUGCAUGAACAGAAAUUAGAAAAUGUUAAUGCACGUCUUUGCUGCCUGUGUCAGCUUUUCAAAAGCCUCUUAUUUUAUGAAUAAAUGUUGCAUCUCUUUAUUUUUUAGGUUGGAUAUGUUAGUUACAGAUUGCCUGUUUUAAGAUGCAUAUCUUUAUAAUUGGUUUUCCGAUGUGAUUUGAACUUGAAUCGUAGUUUUUACAAUCAGAGUUUACUUCGAUAUGAAAUGUUUUGUUCCUAAUCAGGGUUGAUUCCUAAAUCAAGACUUUCAGAAAUACUGUAUACGUAAGAGACGGCUACAUUAUUCACACACUAUUUCCUUGUUCAAAGCUGUUUUCGUAUGAUGAGGUCAUCAUUUUUAAAACAAUCCCAUUGGUCUAGAAACAUUUCGAGGAUUCUUUUGCAUGUCUUCUGAAUCAUGUGACGCUUUAGACCUUUAUUUUGAAUCUGCAGGUCACUGUAUAUUAUUAGCAUGUGAUAAUACACUGUGCACUUCCUGUGCUCAUUAUGUUUGCCUUGUAUGUGAUGCACCGUGUAAACCAAUAGAUGAAUAUUUAUUAUGAAGAACUUC